AUGGCUAUUCCAACAUUCGCUAUAGUCCCUCUUCUACUUUCGCUCUUCUUCUUCAAUUUAAGCUUUCGCGGCCCGAAUGCGGUUUAUGUAACCGGGUUGCAAUAUGGUCGUGCAACUUUCUAUGGAGGGGAUGACGCAUCAGGCACAAUGGUAAAUGAUGAUUGGAUUUUGGUAUUAAUUGCAGGAGGAGCUUGUGGAUAUGGAAACUUGUAUACCCAAGGCUAUGGAACCAACACUGCAGCACUGAGCACUCCUCUGUUCGACAAUGGGCUAACCUGUGGGGCAUGCUUUCAGAUCCAAUGUAUCAAUGACCCACAAUGGUGCAUCUCUGGGUCCAUUACUGUCACUGCUACAAACGUUUGCCCUCCAGGUUCUGAAGGUGGGUGGUGCGACCCUCCACAACAACACUUUGAUAUGUCUGUGCCUGCUUUCAAACAAAUUGCCCAAUUGGUUGCUGGUGUUGUCCCGAUAUCUUUUCAAAGAGUGCCGUGUGCUAAGACAGGAGGCAUAAGGUUUACAAUCAACGGCAACCCUUGGUGGAACUUGGUUUUGAUCACCAACGUGGCAUGUGCCGGAGAUGUCCAAUCAGCAUCAAUCAUGGGGCCCAACACGGGGUGGCAAACCAUGACACAAAGCUGGGGGCAAAACUGGCAGAGUAGCUACUACCUAAUUGGCCAAAGCUUCUCCAUUCAAGUCACCACCAGUGACGGAAGGACCGUAACCUCCUACAACGUGGCACCUUCUAACUGGGCGUUCGGACAAACUUUCGAGGGUGGUCAGUUCUCAUGUUAGUAUUGCAAAUGGGAAUCGAUUUUUAAGGGCUUGGAUCAAGUAGGUUUGGGAGUUGGACUCAUUGAAGUCGUUGAAAUACAAAAUGUAAUACUAUCAUCGGGGAGCAAAAAAAUAAAUAAAUAACUGCUAAUAAGCCAAUAAAAAAGGGUGGAGUUCGGAAAUAGUCGUGUGAGGUUAAUUGUUUGGAAAAUCCUUCAAGUGCGGUUAAUAUUUUGGUCUACCAAAGCAAAAUGAAAGAGAACGUGUUAUCCCCAUGCACUUGCAUUCAAAUGGCCUAUCACCUAUUUUCUCGACAAAAAGCCGCUGAAUGGUGCAUAUUACAAUAUAUGCAGUCCGCAAUCAAAGCGAUGAAUUGAACGUUUUCUAUAUGGCCCAAAACACUUUGCCGCAAGGAUUUGAAAAUCAGAGCCGUCGUUAUUUCCUCUUGGUUCGUUAACGCUUAGCUCGUCAUGCCCUACAUGGCCAGAAUGGAUAACCUUUUUAUGUUCCAAAGAUGCUGAUGAGAAAGAUAUAUAAGCCAUGUUCAUUACGUCCCUUGUGGCCACAUAAUGGACAAUAUAUCUUUUGUAUCGAAAGAAUUUGCCUUCCAGCGCACAACAAAAAUGGACAGCCCAUAAGGGUCGUCCAAAAUGCUGUCAAGGAAAAUUCAGAACAGAUAGCCCGUGGGAGUACUCCCAAAAAAUCGCCUUCAAGGCCCAACUAAAACGGACAACCUUCGAGGGUCCUCCGAAAUAUUGACAGCCCAUGUGGGUCUUCCACAAAAGAUCUCUCAUAAGCCUGGACAGCCUGCAAGGGUCCUCCAAAACUGCCAUCAAGGCUUACUCAAAACGAACGACCUGCAAAGGUUCUUGAUUACGUACAACUGAUGUUGAGUCCUCCAAAAACCCAAUCAAAGGCCAAAGUUGGAAGGUCCAGCCCGAGAGGGUUGUCUUUAAAGCACUUGAAAUUUAUCGCCUAAUAUGGGGUUCCAACCUAAGUCACAUAAUGCAUGUGCACGUAAUGAUUCGACUCUCUCCGAAGUCGGGUACUUGCUCAGGAUUGCAAAAUUCUUCUCCAAGGGGCUGAAGUAUGGAAGUGUGCAUGUGGGGAGAGAUGCAAAUCUAGCAGCACAUGAGUUUGCAAAGUGUGGAUACAUGUGAAUUCAAAGUGGAUGAUGAAAUUUGCUGAACCUGUGCUGGAGAAUAUAUUGAUGGUGGUGGUUUGUGCACUUUGUUACAUGUGAUUUUCUAGGUUGUAGUUACAGUGGAAAAUGAAAAUCAUGUCUGCAAGUUGGUAUAUCCAUUAUUCGUAUAAUGGAAGGGGUAAAAAACACAUGAAUAUUACUAGUAUUACUUACCCAGGUUCAUCUCUUAGUUAGAUCCCAUAUGUGGAAAGUCAGCAUUUUCGACCAGGCAAAAGGUUAUUUUGUUAAGA